CCCUUCCCCAGCCCAACCCUAGCCCUGUCACAGCCCCAGAUUCUCUCAGCCCUAGCCCCAGGCUCUAACCCCAGGCCCUUUCUCCCUAGAGACAUUCCAAUCUUCACUGAGCGCUAAAAAUGCUGUGCCCUUUACUUGUCCUGACUCUCCCCCCCCCCCCCCCCCCCCCAGCUGACUGCCUGAGUCAGGAUUUUCACUUAGUGCACACAGUCCUACUUGUCCAUGGACUCUAUAACAAAGAACUCUUGUUAAACAAGAGUUUCAUUUCAGAGAAUUACCACCAAGGCACGAUCUCCUAAGUCUCCUUUCUUUAAGAAAGGAAAAACCAUUCUGUCAUUGCUGCAGUAGCCACAGUCCCAAUUUUCUGAGCAGUGCUCAGUAGUCUUUUCUCAGUCUUGAGCACUCUUUGCACUAAUUCUUAUUGUCCAUAAUUUAUUCAUUUGAUUAGACUCUAGCUAGUCCAGCUCCAUUUGCAUUCAGCAGAGGGACAAAUACAAGUCUGUUAACAGACAGUUAAAGUGCUCACUCCAAUUCUCAAGGCCUUGGCUAUUAAAGGGGGUGCCACUAUAACCUGGUAUUGGUGUUAUCACCCCAGGUUACAAUUUUUAAAUUGAUGAUGGACAUGAAUUCAUUUGUCCACAAUACUGUAUACUAGUCCCAUCAGCUCCCCUAUUUCAGCCGAAAACUUUGCAUGGGAACAUUUAUAUGGAUAGUCCCGAUUAAGAACUGAACCUUUUCUCAAGGUCCUUCCUUGUACAACCUUAGCUUUACAUUAAGAGGGUGCUGAUUACCUAAAGCCUCUUAUACAAUUGUGCAAAUCUGCAGUUGCUCAAGCCCCAUACCCUCACACCGUAAUGGGUGACAAUAGAGGGGUGCCAACCGAUAAGGCCCUUUGUUCUGGUCUUUUGGCUGUGCUGGGGAUCAAACUUAAGUCUUGUGCACGCUGGUAAAGCACUCUGCCACGGAGCUACAGCACCACCUUGUGGCUGUUUGAGAAUAAGUCUCUUUACGGAUCCUGGGCUGACACUUAAUUCUUACACUUCUCAGGCCCAGUUACUGGAACUAUGGGCAUUGUCACCACUUCUGCCUGUCAUUUAUGUGCACAGCUGCAUUUGUCCUUAUUCCUGAGCAUUGGAUAAAGAAACCAAACUCAGUCGUGUCUUUAUUUAGCAAGACCUUUGAACUCAGAUUCAAUCUGUUUUGUUUAUAAUUUCCAGGCUGACCAGGAACUUACUAUAUAGCCCAGGCUGGCCUUGAGCUCAGGAUCAAGCCUUUAUUUCACAAGUGCUGGUAUAACUGGCGUCCGCCGCCAUGCCCUGCAGUCUCGCAGACUGUGAAUAUGCAUACUUCAUUUAGCUGUAGUAGUAUGCAUUGGGUAAUAACCUUAACAACGCAUUUUAAUGCAGCAGGAGGUGCCUAGUACUUAUGAUCCUUAAUACAGUAAACGUGCACAGUAUUAAUUGCCUCAUAGAUAUUAUGUCCACAGUUGUGCCUUUUAGAUCACAACUCCUGUACGUAUCAAAGCAAAGAGGCUCACUAACACUAUUGUCUCUUUCUUGAAACUAUAGAAAUGACUCCAAUAUUGUUAAUGGUCCUUCAUUUAAUGGAACUAUGUAUGGGCUGUUGAUGUAAAGCCCCUCUCUCAACCUGCUAAUGUACAUAAUGAUAAUUUCAGAAGGAUCAGUUUUAGCCUCAUUUUGAGGUACAGCAGUGGUGGUGACUUAUAAGGUCCCACGUUGUGGCUUGCUUAAUAAUGUCUGAUUGCAUUUGUUCUUUUCUGUUCGCUACAGAAGGACAUCACUGGCCACCUUUAUGCACUUCCCUUUCACCAGGGAAUGCACAUUGCUAAAGAUUCUCAUGUUUGAACAGUCAUAGUGUAAAACUAUGAUGGCUACAACCAUGUACCUUGAGUACGGCUGCGCAUGACUCCUUCCAUUUGAAUAAGAUCCUACUCUCAGACCUUUUGCAGUACAGCAAGGGUCACUGAUCUCUUGGCUUCUCUGAGUAAGGAUCUGUCCUCCUUUCCACUGCCUUUGAUUUCCAGCAGUGUCCAUUACUUUAAGGUCUUAAUAUUUGUGGAAAGGAUGUGGUUUUAAUUAACCACACUAUGUCCCUUGAACAUUAAUGUGUAUAAAAGGGACAUGACUCAUUUGUUUUAAUAAAAAUGUUUGGCCAGUUAAUGUGCAAAAUUGCACUUAUCCACGACCUUAUUACUUUGAGGACAGUUGUGUCUCUUUUGCACUAUUGCAAGGGAUACUAUUUUCCCCAAGGUCCCUGCUAGUGGACCAUUAGUAUACAGUGGAAGUUUUCCUUUGUCAUUGUCGAUAUACAAAGUCAUAUUCUUUCACCUUUCAUUUGCAGUACGGCAGGGUAUGCUGAUCAACCAAGGCUGCCUUCUUUUGGACUGUUAGUAUGUAUUAUAUGUUGUAUGUAUGUAUGUGCGUUUCCUCCUGCUCUGUGCACUAAAAAAGGAUCCCACUCCUUAUUACUUUUAGGGAGGAAGUGGAAAGUUCACAUGCACAGUGGCUAAGCACUUCUUGUAUCAGAAACCCUAUAUAUACCCUCUUCCUCUGCUUUAAGGCAGAAAGAGGUUUUUACACUGCCUUUCAUUUGGACUUCAAUGUGCAUUAAUGCUGUUGUCCAUCCUGACCUUUGGAGUAGGAUUUUACAUCCUUGUACUCCUUUGAGAUCAGAGGCAUGUUAACUAUUUUUUGAGCACUUCUCUUACGAAUAUUAAUAUGUACGUUUACACAUACGGACCCGUGUAGUGCAAAAAGGUUCCUAAGUUUCAACCUUUUGACUGGGGCUGCUGAGGAGUGAUAACUGCUUAUAACCUCAGCAUCUGGAUGAUUGAUGUGCAACCAUGUCAAGAGUACUGAUUAUUAGUUGGACCUCUGUACUCUCUUUACAUACCAUUAAGAGUACUGGCCAACUGAGCCCCUUAAGUGCGUAUUUGCAAUUACGAAUGCCUAGAAUACUAUGUUCUCAUACCCCCUUUUGUAUUACUGCAGGGGCUGCUGAUCCAUCUAAAACAUCUGGGACUGUUAAUGAGCACAGUGGCUAUGACCAACGGCUUAUUUGGGGACUAUUAGUAGGCACAAUGGCAGCUCUUGAUGGUUUAUUUUCUACUCUGACAUGUUGAGCAAAUCCUCUCCUAGUUUCCCACUGGCAUAAUAAAGUAAAUACUGCAGUAUGCCUAUGUUUUGUACACCCAACAAUGACCCAUCUUUCCAUCCCUUUUGCAUUGCUCCAGUACACAAAACCCCAAAUAGCCACGAUCUCAUUCAUACUUUAUACAGUCUUCCCUGUCCAGCCCCUAGUCUGUCCAUGGGCCACUCUUAUGGACUACUAAUUCUCACAACCCAAUUGUUGAAGAUCGUGGCACCCUUUUCCCAGCUCCAUCACCCUGUCCCUUCUGCCUCUUUGUUGAGCCCUUCUCUUGACUUAAAGUCAACAAUCCCAGACGUCGUCAGUUUCCUCACUGCGUCAAUCCCAGACGUCAUACUCACUGCGUCAAUCCCAGACGUCACCAGUUUACUCACUGCUCAGGGCUGUAGUGUCUCAGUUGCCCUCUGCUUGGUCCUCCCCGUUGAACAGAAACAUCUCCACCGCAUUACGCUGUCAAUUAUCCAAAGCAACCUGUGUGUCAUUAAUGAACACAGUUACCGAUGGACGGUCCCACUUUUCAGCCCAUGUGUCCAAGAGCUCCCUGCAACUUUGAUGUAUUUAUACAUGUAAAAUUUCAAAAGCAGGCCCAAACUAGGUGGAUGAAAUGUCGCUCUGUAGCUUAUUUCUUAAUUACUCCAGUUCCAAUUGCUGGCAUAUUCUAGGGCCAGGAAUCAUUCCUGCCCCCCUUUAUUAAUGCUUUAUUGUGCAAAAAAAAAAAAAAAAAACUAUUUCAGGCAAGUCGCUCAGGGAGCUGGAUUGCCACCUUUUAUUUGGGGCUUUCCUUAUACAGUAUCAACUGAAAAUUGUCUCCCAAAGGAGUACUAGUACUUUCUUUACAUCCUUCCUCCAGGAGCUGACCGCCUGCUUAACAAACUCAACUUGUUCCUCUUGGUAUAUUGCUACACACAGUGCCAACUGCCAGAAAAGUUAUUGAUAGUUUAUGCCUUGAGAAAAGGCAUCUGGCUCACCAGGUGGAAUUGGUUAUGUGAUCAUUAGCUUUUCUGAAGUAAAAAUAUCUUGUUUCUACUAUAUCUGAUGACCAAGCAGUGUCUCUCAUUUUACUGAGGGUGGCGAGUCUGUGGAUAAACCACUGUAACUGUUAAUUUCCAAUACCAUCAAAGUGGUUGUAGAAUGGCAUGCUUAAGGCCAGUUAUGUAUGUUUGGUCUGUACUGCCAGUUUAAAAACAAAAGUCAAUCUUUGUGUGGCCUUUAGUAUCUUUAAGGAAAAUGACCAAACUUUUUAAUAUUUAAAUUUGGCCUGACAUAUUGCACGCCAGCACCUACUGAUUUUAAGAAGGUGGCUGUGAAAGGGUUAAACGAGAGGACAUGUCAAGUUGUCUUUGAGUAGGCCACCACGUAUGAUUAGUUCACUCUAUCUGCCAUUAAAUUUGGGCGAUGAUUUGAAGUAGCUUGAAAAAAAAAAAAAACACCCUAAAGUGGGAACUUAUAAAAUGAUGGAGCCUGUUUCCCCACUUUACAUUUUAAAAUAUAAAUAUAUAUGCCAAGAUCUAAUCAUUCUUUUGAGAGUACACUUCAAAGAGAGAUCUGCCGAUUAAGAAAAUAGCUGUCUCUAUUGGCGCCGAGUAUUUAAGCUUUCUGGUUUUCGUUCUUUAAUUAUUGUGCAUGAAUGAAUGUGUGUGUAUGUGUGUGUGCGCACGUUUGCAUGUGCGCUUGAGUAUCUGUACUCGUGCAUUCACGUGGUGGGAACUGGUCCUAUCUUGUGGGUCCUGGAGAUAAAACUCAGAUCAUCAGGUUUGGCAGCAAGUUCGCACCCUCUGAGCCAUCUUGCCAGCCCGCUCCUGGGUACUGAAUGUCACAUUGCUGAUGAAACCACAGUUCUUCAAAGUUUCUGAAGAAAAAAAACAAUAUUUUUCUGAGAAGGAUGUCAAGAAAUCGACCCAGUUCAGGAUACAGGUUGAACUUCAGCCCUUCAGACGGCUACAGAAGACUGUCUGUUUGGAAUACAGGAUGAAUUUGGAGUUGGUUUUGUGCCUCAAUUGAAGAAGGAUGGCCUGGUUUUUAGAAGAAUGGAUUCUAGACAGCAUCCAAAGGGAUAAUUCCAGCAGGAGACUUCAAGGACUGCCAGCAGCUGAUACAGGCUUCAUUCAAAUCCAGCAGAUUUCUCCUUUCGAGACUCUGGACAAGCUGUAGUUAAUCUGAGCAAAUAGCAUGCAGGCCACAUGAAGAAAAAGAUCUUCCCCCAAAGUAUGGACUUGUUGCUUUGUGGUGCUGGUGACCUAUUCCCUUUGACGACCCCUAGGUGGAGAAGGGGCAUGAGGGUCCUCCAGGGGAAUAGCUCCCCAGCACUGAGCAACAGCCCUAGCCCAGGAGAUUUUGGGGAGACACUUUGCUGAACCCAGCAAGGAAGAUAAAGAGUCAAAGACAGCCACCAAACAUCAAGAUAGGAGAAAAGCUGCCACAGCCCUGGCACAUGAGCUUGGCAUCUGUUUUCCCUGGUUCUCAAAGCCACCCUGGAAGCUCUGUAGGAGAAUUUAACCAGCUAUUUCCACACUGCAAGAUUCAUUGCGCUACCUACCGAUGGCCUAGAAUAUCCAGAUGAAAGCAGCCCAGAAAUCUCGGCCUUCAGCAGGAUCACGAAAUGGGAACACAUGAAAGGAAGCCAGCUUUAUAACCCAAGGACCAACAUGCCUGCAUCUUAAACCAACAGAGGGAAUGUGUAUUGUGUUGGGUGUCUAUUUCUCAAUUGUUUUAUACCUCUAUUUUUUCCUUCCUUUGUGUCUCAUUCUUUGAUGUAUUUGUUUCUUCCCUUGAUUUGUGUGUCUUUUUUCCUAGCUUUGUGUGUCCAAGUUUUCUUUGAUGUAUCCAUUUCUUUCUCACCUUGUAUGUCUUUCUUUCUUGCCUUGUAUGCCUUUCUUCCUUGCUUUGUUGUAUGUCUUUCUUCCUCGUCUUGUAUGUUCCUCGCCUUGUUGUAUGUCUUUCUUUCUUGCCUUGUAUGUCUUUCUUUCUUGCUUUGUUGUAUGUCUUUCUUCCUCGUCUUGUAUGUCUUUCUUCCUCGUCUUGUAUGUUCCUCGCCUUGUUGUAUGUCUUUCUUUCUUGCCUUGUAUGUCUUUCUUCCUUGCUUUGUUGUAUGUCUUUCUUCCUCGUCUUGUAUGUUCCUCGCCUUGUUGUAUGUCUUUCUCGCCUUGUAUGUCUUUCUUUCUUGCCUUGUAUGUCUUUCUUCCUUGCUUUGUUGUAUGUCUUUCUUCUUCGUCUUGUAUGUUUCUUCCUCGCCUUGUUGUAUGUCUUUCUUUCUUGCCUGUAUGUUUUUCUUUCUCGCCUUGUUGUAUGUCUUUCUUCCUCGUCUUGUAUGUCUUUCUUCCUCGCCUUGUGUGUUUUUCUCCCUUGCUUUGUUGUAUGUCUUUCUUCCUUGCUUUGUUGUAUGUCUUUCUUCCUCGUCUUGUAUGUUCCUCGCCUUGUUGUAUGUCUUUCUUUCUCGCCUUGUAUGUCUUUCUUUCUUGCCUUGUAUGUCUUUCUUCCUUGCUUUGUUGUAUGUCUUUCUUCUUCGUCUUGUAUGUUUCUUCCUCGCCUUGUUGUAUGUCUUUCUUUCUUGCCUGUAUGUUUUUCUUUCUCGCCUUGUUGUAUGUCUUUCUUCCUCGUCUUGUAUGUCUUUCUUCCUCGUCUUGUAUGUCUUUCUUCCUCGCCUUGUGUGUUUUUCUCCCUUGCUUUGUUGUAUGUUUUUCUUCCUCGCCUUGCAUGUCUUUUUCUUGCCUUGUAUGUCUUUCUUCCUUGCUUUGAUGUCUAUGUCAAGUGUCUUUUACUCCCUCUGUGUACAGUGUACCUUACCUAUUGCCGUGUUUCUCUGCUAAUUUCUUCCUAGUAGAGCUUUGUGCUUUGUCUUAUUUUCUCCUCUCCUCUCUGUGUGAUUUGUGCCUUGUCUUGGUUAGAUGUGGCUCUGUUUUUUCUAUCUGGUUGCUGUUUCUCUUAACUCUUUCACUCUUUCUGCCUUUCACGACUCUCCUUUGGGUCACAUGUUGCAUGCAAUCCUCUCCUUUCCUUGUGCUCACCUCACUUGCUUUUUUUCUGUGUGAUCUGCUUGUCAGUCCUUUGACUCAACAUUCAUAUUUUCCUUUCUGCUGUUUCUAUCCUUAGCACAUGAGUCUCUUUACUACAUCUCCUUUCUACCUGUCUUGGGCUGUUUUCUCCCUUUUCCUUCUUUGUAGCUGUGUCUCUUUGCUAUUUGUGAUUUCUGAUCUCAGCAUUACUCUAUUGUUUUGUGCUUGUUUCUUUCUUUCUCUUCUACUUUCCCCUCUUACUACUCACUUUGAGAAUUUCAGUCUCUUUACGAGUUUGUCCCUCUUCCUCUAAUCCUCUCUUGGAUAUUUCUUUGUGUGUGUGUGUGUGUGUGUGUGUGUGUGUGUGUGUGUGUGUCAUGUGUCUUCCUAGCCCCUUCCCAAUAGGUGCAGAAUAUCACCAGCGGAGCUGUUCCUCACGCCCUGCAAAAUAAUCUAAGACAAAAUACAGCGCUCUGCUCAGGACUGAAGUAGACCUGAAAGGAACACAUGUAAAGACCCAAAGUGGAAGACAGACUUAAGGACCAAGAUACACACCCUGUCUGAGCUGGCUGGAAAGUUUGAGUCUCAAGUUGGAUGGACAGAAUGCUGACAACCCACAGAAGAGGGGCUGUUUCUACAGGACUCAUGUGAAGUUGAAGAACUGAGACCUACCUGCAUCUGAGCUAAGUCUAAGCCUAAGACCUAAGGACUCAAGCCUGUAUGGACUAGAAGGUGGAGGCUGUGGCCUAAAACUCUGGGGGGCUUAGAACCCCAAGACUAAGGGAAAUCUGAAGAUGACCCUCCCCUAACUUUUAUACUGUCACCCCUCCCCCUGGACGUUUUUAGUACUCUCUUCUCAGAUUUCUAUUUAUGCCAGUUUCACUUGAUGUACUUUUCAAUAAUGGCAUUUACCAUAAAGGAACAAGCUUUUAGGUUGACA